CAUAUUAUAUUUGGAUAGCUUCCAUCUAGAGUCUUCCAUUCCAUAUUCCAGAACCACUUUCACGUUAUUUUACUCCUUCCGCAACCUCUAUUCUCCUCAUCCUCUAUUCUCCUCAUCUUCGGUUUCUAGGGCUUUUCGUAUUCUCCUCAUUUCCCCCUUCACCUUCGGUUUUUCAGGAUUCCGUAAAACAAUGUCUCGCGGUAACCAGAGGGACCGAGAUCGUGAAAGGGCUCAGGCAAGAGCUGGUGGAAAGACUAAGCAGCCUAGGAAUGAUGGCUUGACUCCUGAACAGCGCAGGGAAAGGGAUGCGAAAGCAUUGCAGGAGAAAGCGGCUAAGAAAGCUGCUCAGGCUGCAGGAGGGAAUAAUGCAGGUGGUGGCAGAGUCAAAAAAUAGGGAAGAUUGUUAAGUUGGGGAAGGGGAGGGAUUGUAUACAUGUGAGAAUUUGUAUUGCUUGUUAUAUAUAGUAUGGGCGUUUGGUUGAGUCAUCUGCGUAUGCCAUUUCAGAUAAACAAUUGAAUAUCUGGUGUUUAGCAUGGAGGGCAUUGUUGUUGGCUUUUAAUCUUUGACUUCUAUAUGAUUUUGAAUGCAAUUUGUGUGUAGUUUGUUAUGA